AUGAUGAUUGCUGACACCUCGAUCAACUACUUUGCCGAUUUCUUCGUCACUGUCCGUGAUCGCAAUAAGGGACGAAGAGCGGCAAAAAACAAUGACAAACGUUUGAAAAGGAUGGUGAAGGAUCACCAGAGACAUCACGACAUGCAAGAGGAAAGCGAACAUGUAAAAACAGAAAUGAUAGCUGCAGGGAAAAGCGUGAGAUUGUCAGACUUCAUAAAAAAAGGUCUGAUUGGACAAGGAUCAUACGGGAUGGUUUACGAGUACGAAUCAAAGCGAAGCGGGCAGAGCUUCGCUAUAAAGGUCGGCCCCAACUGGUCAUGUGUGAAGUCAGCACAGUUCGAGAUCGAAAGAGAGGAGCUCAGGGUCCAUUCCACUCUGCACAACAAAAAUGUUGUGAAGUUACUGACCAGUUUCAAAACGGCUGCAAAUGUCUACAUGAUACUUGAAAAAUGGAUUGCACUCUUCGAGAUAUUCUUGAUAAAAACGUAA